CAAGUGGGGAGCUUGGUUCAGAAGACUUUGGCUUCUGACAGUCAUGGACUCACUAGGCUGCUGAGGAAGAUCCAGCAUUUGUCCAUCUGCUGAACCCAUUCAAGAAACAACAGUUAACAGCAGAAGUCAAGUAUGGGAAUAGUGAACUAAGAAGAGCCCGAGGAAGAAGUGUGUGACCAGAUCAGGAACUUCAACAAAGAAGAUGAGUGACCCAUCAAAAAACAACCCGUGCUGCCCACCAAGUCCUCCAUGCUGCCCACCGAAACCAUGCUGCCCACCCAAACCAUGUUGUCCACAGAAACCUCCUUGCUGCCCCAAGUCCCCAUGCUGCCCACCGAAAUCCCCAUGCUGCCCGCUGAAACCCCCAUGCUGCCCACUAAAACCCCCAUGCUGUCCACAAAAAUGUUCAUGCUGCCCUAAAAAGUGCACAUGCUGCCUGCAAUCUCCCCCUUGCUGCUGUGGUCAACCCAACUGCUGCUCUGCAGAGAAUAAGACUGAGUCAGAUUCGGAUUCCACAACUCAGGAAAAGGGUACUCAAGGACAACAGUCCCCUCAAAGUGCUCAAAGUGGAUCCUGGAACCAGAAGAAGCCAAGCAAGUAGACUGUCCUUGACACCAUGCCCUUCUUCAAAGGGUGAGGAAUUACUACAGGUCGGGCUAAAACUGUUUUAAGGAUGCUGCUUCCACACUAACCAACAAGACUAUCCUAUCCUAGACUACUAUUUCCACCCAAACAUAGGCAACUGGAAGUGGAAAGUAGAAAGGGCUAGAAACAUUUUGCCUAGUGAUACUGACAUUUAGAUAGCACAGAAAUAAAAGAGCAUUAAAAAAAGAA